CCCUGAAUUCGCGAAGCGCUUUGUCAUUCAAGUUCUCGUGGCUGCCGGGCCGCCCUCCUCCAGUGCCUCACAUAGUAGUAGUGAACGCUUGUCAGACGCGUCGCGGAAGAUGAAAGCUACCAUAGAUCCUGUCGUUCCGAAGGGCUCCUCGACUACGAUUGACCCGAAGGCCAACAUAGCUACAAAUGACCUGAGCUUUAGAUCCUCUAAGCUAGUAGCUGUAGCUGCUGCCGUUCUUGUCGCAGUAGCUGCGAUCGCUGCAGCGUUUGUAUCAAUUCCCGGCGGAUUGGGGACUAAAGACGUGAAUUUCGCUCUUCAACCGACUCGGAAUGACCAGGAAUUCCGACACGUGGAGGGGGCGGGUCCCGGGAUUGGGGCGAGCGGGAUUGUUUUUUACGUAGACAGGCUUCAGGAGCAGAUCGACCACCUCGCCACCUUCUCCAAUGACGAGCCGCCAGCUGUCACGCGGGUGCUGUUCACAGAGAACGAUGUGAAGGCGAGAGACUAUGUCGAGUCUCUUAUGAGGGAAUCGGGGCUCAUUGUAAGAAAGGAUGCGAUUGGCAACAUUUUUGGAAGAUGGGAGGGCUCCAAUGAGUCGCUGCCAGCUGUCAUGACAGGGUCGCACACAGACGCAAUCCCACUGGCUGGGAAGUUCGAUGGGGUGGUGGGCGUGCUUGGCGCUAUCGCCGCUGUUCAGGCUUUGAAAUCGGCGGGGUUCUCCCCCCAUCGCCCCAUAGAGGUCCUGAUGUUCACAUCAGAGGAGCCAACACGGUUCGGCAUAGGCUGCUUGGGCAGUCGCAUGCUUGCCAACCAAACUGGCUACGUCGACCGCCUGUUGGCGCUACAGGACAAAGACGGACAGCCGUUUGCCGAGGCUGCUGCCCAGGCUGGAUUUGGAGAGGCUCGGGAUGCAGGUUCGGUGGCAGCAGUGGCUUUGGGUCGGGAACAAGUGGGGGCUUUUGUGGAGCUUCAUAUCGAACAGGGGCCGAUACUGGAAGAAAAAGGGGAGGAUAUCGGCAUUGUGACUGCAAUAGCAGCGCCAGCGACAUUGAUGGUUGAUUUCAGUGGAGGGGGGGGGCAUGCCGGUGCGCUGCUGAUGAAGCACAGGAACGAUGCUGGGCUGGCAGCUGCUGAGCUCGCAUUGGCUGUAGAGGCUGCUGUGCUGGCAACUAAGGCUGACGACACUGUGGGGACCACAGGCCACCUCGUGCUUCAGCCCAACGCGGUGAACAGCGUCCCUCGCCAUGCCCACAUGGAGAUAGACAUCCGGGACAUUGACGAGGCGAGGCGGGACGGCGUGGUGUCGACAGUCAUGGGAGCAGCAAGGAGAAUCGCAGCCAGACGGGGGGUGAAGCUGGAGAGAAUGGAGUUGGUGAAUGCCGACCCACCCGCCCGUUGCAGCAGCAUGGUGACGUCAGCUAUUUCGUCUGCAGUGGAUGAGCUUGGGCUGAGCCACCGGCGCAUGGUCAGCCGGGCGUAUCACGAUGCACUGUUCAUGGCGCGGGUGGCACCAACAGGCAUGAUCUUCAUUCCUUGCAGAGGAGGUGUGAGCCACAGGCCGGACGAGUUCACUUCAAAGGCCAAUCUGGCCAAUGGAGUGCGCGUGCUCGCUCUUACCCUCGCCAAGCUCUCGCUACAAUGACAGCUGCCUGUGACGAUAACUAGUGCACUCCAACAGCCAAUCACGGGUCUGGUCUGACAGGUUGACUCAUAUGAGGUGCUCGCCCUUACCCUCGCCAAGCUCUUGCUGCUGUGACGCCAAGGGUUCGCCUGCCUCUUCAGAAAUCUCGCCCCAAUGUACAGUGUACAGUUUUUUUAUCCAGCCAUGUUGACUCAUACACAGAUACAAUACUGUCAGAAACUGAGAACUUGAUUGAUUGAAUGAGCAAGAGCAUACAUCCUUAAGUACCGAGUA